AUCAUAACAAGCAAUUAACUAUAUCACAACUGCAUAUGGAGGAGCUCUCGCACCGUUCAUAAUAUUGGCUCAGAUUUUGUUUCAAACUCUUCAAAUUGGAAGCAACUAUUGGAUGGCUUGGGCAACUCCAAUCUCAGCAGAUGUAGAGCCACCUGUUAAAGGAACAACUCUUAUUGAAGUCUAUGUUGUUUUGGCCAUUGGAAGUGCUUUAUGCGUUCUUGUUAGAGCAUUGUUACUUGUUACAUUCGGCUAUAAGACAGCUACUAUACUCUUCAAUAAAAUGCACUUGACCAUUUUUCGCGCCCCGAUGUCGUUUUUUGAUUCUACUCCAAGUGGCCAAAUCCUUAAUAGAGCUUCAACUGAUCAAAGUGCAGUGGAUAUAGACAUUCCUUAUCAAGUUGGCUCAUUUGCCUUCUCCUUGAUCCAGCUUCUAGGAAUUAUAAUAGUGAUGUCUCAGGUUGCAUGGCAAGUUUUCAUCGUCUUUAUACCUGUCAUAGCAAUUAGCAUUCACUAUCAGCGAUUUUAUUUACCAUCAGCGCGUGAACUAUCACAUUUAUGUGGAGUGUGCAAAGCUCCUAUCAUUCAACACUUUGCAGAAACAAUUUCCGGCACUUCAACCACUAGAAGCUUUGAUCAACAGUCAAGAUUUCAUGCAGCGAACAUGAAACUGGCGGAUGGGUAUAGUCGGCCAAAGUUCAAUAUUGCUGCUGCUAUGGAAUGGUUAUGCAUCCGCCUAGAUAUGUUGUCUUCCACCAUAUUUGUCUUUUCCUUGAUGUUCUUGAUUUCAAUUCCACCUGGAAUCAUAAAUCCAGGCCUUGUUGGUCUAGCCGUUACCUAUGGACUGAAUUUAAACCAAAUACAAGCUUGGGUGAUAUGGAAUAUUUGCAACUUGGAGAACAAAAUUAUAUAUGUAGAAAGGAUACUUCAAUAUACAAGCAUUCAAAGUGAGCCUCCCCAUGUUUUAGAAGAAGAAAAUAGGCCAGAUCCUUCAUGGCCCGCAAAUGGCGAUGUUGUCCCACUUGAUGAAGAAUCAAUUAACCAUCUUCAGACUACAAUAAACCAGUUUGCCAAUGAGGCACUUAGAACUCUAUGCCUUGCCUAUAUGGAAUUGGAAAACAGGUUCUCUGCCGAAGACACCAUUCCUGUUACUGGAUUCACUUGUAUAGGAGUUGUUGGUAUCAAAGAUCCUGUUCGUCUAGUGUUAAGGAGUCUGUAG